AUGUUUAUUGAUGUAAAGACAAGUAUCGGUGUUGUGAGGGGUCGGACACUACAUGUGUUGGACACAAAUGUGGAUCAGUUUGUGGGCAUUCCAUACGCCGAACCCCCGGUCGGCAAACAUAGGUUCGCAAAACCCCAACCCAUUGCUAAACCAUUUCCCUUAUUCAUAUUUUGUUAUCCAUUCAUUGCGACUAAAAUAAACUCGUUGACCAAACAGUACUUAUUUGGUGUCCCAAUCAUUAUCAACGCGCCCGUCGUUGAACUCACUUUCUGGCCAACAGUACGUUUGGCCAGAAACCACAUUUUGUCUCAAUCACCCACUCAGGGUAAUCAGGAGACAAUCACCCACUCAGGGGUAAUUAGAGGACAAUUACCCGCGCCGGGCAUUCACAUCAAACUACCCGAUCAGGACGUUUGCAUAGCUCACGCGCGCGCCACUCAUCACCGCUCGUCACUCCUCCACACUUCUGGCCACAAUUUGGUUAAUUUGUAUAUAAUCGACGCGACAAAAGCCAAAAACUCAUGUAUGCAACCAAAUAAUGUUAUGCCAGUGAUUGCGGGCACAGGUAUGAGCGAAGACUGUCUGGUGCUUAACAUAUGGACAACAAAUACCACAGCAUUAAAGCCAGUGAUGUUUUGGAUACACGGAGGGGCACUCAGUGUGGGCUCAAUAUUUCAAACGUGGUUUAAUGGCUCGGCUUUGGCCACAAAGGAUGUGGUGAUUGUGUCCGCNAACGCCGCCCACACACCCGCUGUUGGGCGGACACUCGCCGCCGCCGACGCACGCCAGAGGGCGUCCCGAGCGCCAGACGGGAGACGAGUGGCCGCAAAGUUGGGAACAAUUGGCGAUCGAUUGCUGCCUUCGACAACUCUCUUCGCGAAGACGACAUUCGUUGUCAUAGAGACGCGUCUCGUUGUUCGCGAGAAGUCCGCAAACGCGACCCGACGUGACUUGUCUACUCACGUGACACUCGCAACGGGCACCGGCGGCGCACUUCGCGCCGAACAGACACGGCUGGCGGCAGUUGUCGGCCGCCGACCCCUCCCACCGGUCCUCGUCGUCGCACUGGCCAGUGGAAGCGCUCACGCCGUCAACUCCUGCCGCUUCUCGCACGCGCUUCUGGCCAUUUGGCACUCAUUGUUGUACGUGUUUCCGUCUGCCGAACAAAUCACAGUUAGUUUAAACAAUCAUUCAAAGCGCGAGACGUUUGUUUUGGAACUUUUAUGCGAGUUUGCAAAGAACGACAAGAGCGCGCCCUUGCGGCCAAUGCGGCACUGGCCUAACGCUAACCCUAUGAGCACUGAAGUGGACAAUUGUGUGGACUUUUGGAACUCACGUCAAAUGGCAUUCCUAUUUGCAAAACUAUCGCAAAGAUUGCAUUUGCGUUCAAUUCUGGAUUCACGCGAUUCUAAGGACCCGUUUAUAUAUUCAGUGUUUCUAUGUGUCGGAUAUAAGUUCCCUUAA